UGAGCAGGUUGCACUCGCCGUGCCCCGUCCCGAACGUCUGCUUCCCAAGUUUUGGGAGAACUUAGGACAGUUUUUUCUUUUUGGAUGCCAAAACUUUCCCGUGUGUGUGUGAGAUUGUGUGAAAUCACAUCGCUGUGCGUCUCGUGUUGUGUGUUCGGCGCACGGACACCGACUGUGAUCCUCGGAUUACCUAACGUCGCAUACGUGCCUUCAUCCCGAUGAUGCACAGGUGAAGGUUGGAGGAUAGAAGAAGGGGCGAUGGCUUCUCCGACGCGUCCACCGGACACCCCCACGGGGGCGGCCACCCCACCCGUCGAGGACUUCCAACCGGGUGACUUGGUGUGGUUCGACCCGGGUGUCGGAUACAGUUUGCCCGGGGAAGUGGUGGAAUUUUCCCGCCCUGCUCAGGUCGUCACUGUGCAGGCCAUGGUGUCUGGAAAACCUCAGUCUUUUACCAUUCACAAACCACACACCGUAAAACGGCGUGAAGAUCUCGGACCCAAUGGCGUGCCAGACAUGGUUCAGUUGGGGGACCUCAGUGAGGCAUCCAUGUUGUGGAAUCUCAAGAUACGCUACGACCACGAAAACAUAUAUACAUACACAGGAAGCAUCUUAGUAGCCGUGAAUCCGUACAAGAUGUUCGAUAUAUACGGAGUCGACGUUGUGAAGAAAUACGAAGGACAGAUUCUGGGCACUUUACCACCUCAUUUAUUCGCCGUAAGCAGUGCCGCCUAUAGCAAGAUGAGCAAAGAGUUGGAAAACCAGGUUGUGGUCAUCAGCGGCGAGAGCGGUGCAGGCAAGACAGAGAGUACAAAGCUCAUUCUGCAGUACCUGGCUGCGGUGGAUCGUUCGUCCAAUAACCUGGUCACAGAACAAAUCCUCGAAGCCACACCUUUACUUGAGUCUUUCGGGAACGCCAAGACCCUUCGCAAUGACAACUCUUCCCGUUUCGGGAAGUACUUGGAAGUCUUCUUCAAAGACGGUGUCAUAACAGGUGCCAAUACCAAAAACUACCUACUGGAAAAAUCUAGAAUUGUGACUCAGGCGUCGGAAGAGCGGAACUACCACGUCUUCUACGAACUACUCGUAGGACUAGGAGCGCAGGAGAAAGAGAAAUUCGGGUUACAGACAGCGGACAAAUACUUUUACCUCAACCAGGGUGGUUCAAUCGAGAUUCCAUGCAAGGAUGACGCGGAAGACUUCCGCUGCUUGCUGUCCGCCAUGCAAGUGCUGGGUUUCACUGCAGACGAGCAGGACGCCAUCUUCAGGAUUCUUGCCGCAGUCUUGCACAUUGGCAACGUCUAUUUUCAUCGCAAGCCUUUAAAACACGGGCAAGAAGGCGUGGAAGUUGGAAGCGAAGCAGAAAUACGCUGGGUGUCCCAUUUGCUUCAGAUUUCACCCGAGGGAAUCCUCGAUGCGUUAACCACUAAGGCGACGGAAGCACGAAAUGAACGCAUGGUGACAGCACUAAAUAUUGACCAAGCCCUGGACGCAAGGGACGCCGUAGCUAAGGCAUUAUAUUCGAGCCUCUUUUCGUGGCUGGUAAGGCGAAUAAACGAGAUCGUGUGCCACGGACAACGCAAGACAUCUCUCGCCAUCCUGGACAUUUUUGGCUUCGAGGACCUCAAGGACAACAGCUUGGAACAACUGUGUAUUAACUACGCUAACGAGACAUUGCAGCAUCACUUUAACAAACAGGUAUUCAAGUUGGAACAAGCGGAAUAUACGCGCGAGCGUCUGGAAUGGCAGCCUUUACCGUUCACGGACAACCAGGCCGUGCUCGCCCUUCUCGCGAAGAAACCCCUGGGCAUUCUACCGUUGCUGGACGACGAGUCCAACUUCCCGAGGGCCACCGACCUGUCCUUCCUGGAGAAGUGCCACUACAACCACGCCCUGGACGAACUGUACUCCCGACCUCGCAUGUCGUCCCUGGAGUUCGGCAUCCGUCACUACGCUGGACAGGUGUGGUACACCGUCGACAGCUUCCUGGACAAGAAUCGCGACACUCUGCGAGCGGACGUGGUGGAUCUGCUGGUGUCUUCGAAGCUUCAGCUCGUGUCGGAAAUGUUCAGGCGCCGUCGUGCUUUCACCGAAGCUUCUCGCAUGGCCAGCAAGGCUGACGGACGCUUCGUCACCAUGAAACCACGGGCCCCUACUGUGGCUGCGCGAUUCUGCGACUCCCUGCAUGGUCUCAUUGACGCCAUGAACCAAUGUCACCCGUGGUUCGUUCGCUGCCUGAAACCCAACAGGGAAAAAGCGCCCAUGAAACUGGACAUGGCUCUGGUCUUGGAACAGCUCCGUUACUCGGGCAUGCUGGACACCAUCCGUAUCCGCAAGUUGGGCUUCCCUGUACGAUACAAGUUUGCCGUCUUCGCUGACAGAUAUCGCUGCCUAGUCCCAGGACUCGCUGCAACUUCAUCAAGAGACGUUUGCCGGGCUGUUUUAGAAAGGACACCAGGAUCUCAAGAUGGCUACCAGCUCGGCACGAGCAAGGUGUUCCUGAAAGAAACAGUAGAACAGACACUGGACCAGGAGCGCGUUGCUGUUCUGCGUUCUGCCAUCGUGGUACUGCAGCGCCAUGUGCGGGGCUAUCUGGCAAGAAGGCACUACCGGGCCAUGAGGAAAGCUGCGAGGCGGAUUCAAACUGCUUAUCGUGGAUAUGCCGCUCGGAGUCGUUACCGGAAGGUACGACGUGGUGUCAUCAAAGCGCAGGCCAACUACAGAAUGUUACGGCAAAAACGGGAAUACGACAAGAUCAAGGCUAUCCUGGCACGUAAGCGCGAGGCCGACCGUCUUGCUUUGGAACGGGCAAAGGAGCGUGCGGCUCGCGACCAGCAAGAGCGCGCCGCACGGGCUGUGGCUGGAGUCAACCACUUGGAGAUCCCUGCAGAACUGGCCUUCAUCUUUACUAAGCUGGAUGAGUGGCAGUCACCGCACAAUGACCGCAACGUCACCAAGGCGAGCCCGUCCGUGUCCCGUCCACGCACCUCAACCCCUGGUCUUCCGUCGGACGUGGAUCAGCACGUCUUCACCAAAUUCACAAAUAUCUACUUCAAGUCUCACCUGUGGGGCAUGAAGAGGGAGCCCAUCAGGACACCGUUCCUGGCCAAGGCGUCGGGCUCGCAGCACCAGGACUCCCUGGCGCUCUUCAAGCUGAUCUUGCGUUUCAUGAACGACAGUCACUUGAGCGGUCAGCGUGAACGAGUGCUCGGCGAUUACAUCGUCCAACGGGGCCUACGCGAGGCUACCAUGCGGGACGAACUCCUCUGUCAGCUGUGCAAUCAAACGUGGCAGAACGACAACGCUGCCAAUUGCCAGAGAGGCUGGCUACUCAUGGCAAACUGCCUCUCUGCGUUUCCUCCUUCUAGUACACUCUACAAGUACCUCCUCAAGUACGUCUCCGAUCAUGGUCAAGAAGGAUACGCUGCCUACUGCCAACAACAACUGCUGCGUCAGAACGGUCUGGGACCCGAAGACGCCAGGACUUACCCACCUUGUCUACUGGAAUGGAAGGCGAACACUCGAAAGAUGCAGAUGGCGCUCGAGGCACAGUUUCCUGAUGAGCGCGAAGGCCUUGGUGCCGUCGACUCCUGGACUACCGGAGAAGAGUUCGCUGCAGAACUCUUGCACGCAAGGGGUGUGGAUGACGCGUACGGCUGGACGACGGAGUUACUGGACGAGGGCGCCACCUACUCGCUAAACGGCACCGACUACGUCCUCGACCUCAUCGCCGAGACAGAGGUUCCACCGGCGUUUCCUGUCUGCAAGUCUUACUUCCUUGUUUCGCACAGUGGAGGACCUGGAGAGCCACCGUCUUCGAACUCGGCACUUGCGUCGCCGCACCGUCCAGACCGUGUGGAGACAUAUGAGGUGGAGCUUCAUGAUCUGCCUCCAGCUCCACCUCAGAGGGUGUCUAGUAACAGCGCCCCCACAGAGGGAAGAAGUCCGCAGGCUUCUGCAGCCGCUCCGUCUACUAGACCUCAAAGAGGAGCAAUCCCCGUUCCUCCGCCUGUCGUACCGGACGCCGCGGCUGUCACGUCGUCGCCGAGCCGGAGGUCCAAUGAGUCUCAAAACCAACAGAGGCGACAGGUCAGAGAGUUUGUUCACGAGACCAGGACGGGAUGCCUCACCGUCGAGGGCUCCUUAGACCGCCGCGAACCCCGGAGCUCACCAGCGCUCACUAAUCGCACCCGCUCCCUCGAAGACCUCUUGGACGGUGGUCCUCCCGACGGCGCCUUGUCCAAACAGAGCGCUCUGAACGGUCGCUACUUCGAAGGCAGUCGUCCUCCCAGUAAAGGACGUAUCAGCACGCCGCAGUACUUGCCCAGCGGACGCGACUCCGCUGCAGCUCCAGAGUCUUCCGCCACAUCAUCUUCUUCAGCGUGGCAACGUCGCAUGGGCCUGUCAUCUUCAGCCCUCAACGAACGUUAUUUCCAAGUCGCACCCUCAGCCUCCGAGACCGCCAGUGAGCUACUUCUCGGCGAGUCGGGUCGUGACGACCACUCUGAACGGACGGACAGUCCUUCGCUCGACGGACUAGACUUUCCGGAGUUGGACCUCGGAGAUACAGACUCCGCGGUCGGCUACAGUCGUGGAGAACAGCAACGUUACAUCAAGUACGCCGGAACGCGUCCCCCACGUCGCGGUGCAGCACACUCGAGUCGCGCCCACAUCGACCGGACGCGCGACCUGUCGGACUAUGGUGGCGCCAGAAGCUCCGCGCUGUCGGAUACUUCGGAGGCGCCGUCGCUGGCAUCGCAUGUGAAGAAUGUCCGUAUUCCGUCGCACACGUCUGAUCUAGAUCAGUACCUGGACGAGCUGUUCAAUCCGGUAUUGGACGGGAAUUUGGAUGAAAUGAGCGACGCGAGGUCAUUGGCUGCUUCGCUGAAAGGAGAAGACCUGGGAUUGGACGACGCGGUGGACAUGGCUCAAAGACUCAAAGGCGAUGGGAAGCCGGCGGGAAAUACGACUAUGACUGCUAAUGUUCCUCAGACCAACGGAGGUCUUCAAGGAGCAAACCUCAGCAUGCUCAACAUGGCAAGCCUCAAUGCUGGUCUUCUAUCUCCUCAGCUGCUUGGCAUGGGCCCGGUGCAGAGCCCUACAGGUGUCACUCCGCCUCCUGCUGGGAACAUGGCGAAUAGCUCGUCGUCGUACAACCUGCCACUGUACAAUGUCUCAGGGAUGACAGUGCCAAUCGUGGAUGCCUCGCAGCUGAUCCAGCAGCAGGUGCUUCAGCAACACAUGAUGCAGCUGCAGCAAAGGGCGUUCCUCGCAAAUGCUGUGCAACAGAACCUCCAGAUCCAGCAGCAGCUGAUGCAGCAGAGUGCGGCACUUCAGCAGCUGCUGCAGUCUUCAGUGGUUCCCCAAGGCACAUCUCCGCAGCCAGGAUCCAACGGGACGUCUGGGGGACUGCUCUCUCCAACGGGAACAAGCCCGGACCCUCGACUGCUGGCCUCUACCGGUGGCCUGACCUCCCCUCUCGCGCCCUUGUCCCUGGCCAUUCCCGGUGUAACUCCGGACCUGUCCUGGAAGCCUCCCGACGCCGGUCAGAAAGCUUCGAAGAAGAAUGGCCAGCCUUCACCCAAGGACACGUUUGGCAAUGUGUUGUCCGAACUGCGGCAUAAAGCUGGAACGGCUCCCGAAAACGGAAUUCCCCCUCCUCCUCCAAUGCCGCCCUUGUCGCCAAACACCAUGGCCAAGUAUCCAGACGUGUACGGUCGGGCCAAGACCGUCCGCAUCGGCAAGUGGCGUUGGCCUCCACCGAGGGACGAAGCUGGGAACUUCCUCCCCGGACAACCGACUUCGUUCUUGGAGUUCAAACGACUCAAGCAGCAGGAACGCGAAGAACGUCGUGCCGCCGGCUUGGCCUUUGACUCCAGCGACGAAGACGACGACGAGAGAGACUUCGUCGACUUCCCAGAGAUUCAGGGCAUGGAGACGGCUCUUGGAGGAAAGCCUGAAAACGCAACGGUCGCCAAAGGCAUCCCCGUCCCGACGACCCCAGCCCCAACAUCUUCUUCUUCCCCGGCCAACGACAGUCGCCGCUCAAAAGAGGAUCUCAUUCGGGCCUUUGAAGGCGAAGUCCGACCGGGCUCCAUCGGCAAGAUCAGGAUCAGCUCCGAGAUGAAAGCCAAGCUGGAACAGCUCACCAUAGACCACAGCGUCCGUUCGAAGACGUCCACCCACAAAGAGAGCAGGGGCCGGAUCCUUCCGGCGCCGAAACUCGACGAAGACCGGAAACGUGCGUUGGAGAAGCAGUUGGGAGGCUGGAACGAACUGGACAGUUCCGUUCCAGCUCUGCCGUCGGCCAUACCGCCGCCCCCGCCGUCGGAGUCCGUGGGGACCCGAUCUUUCCGCGUCGAUAACCUGGUCAAAUCGAAGAUCGAGAAGAUGGAGCGACAGGCGUCCCGGGAACCUGCGUCCCCCGUGGAGCCCCCUUCGGCGCCCCGGCCAACUAAGGGAGGGCCAACGCCGUCGGUGGCCGCGUCCAGUAGCUGCUACGCGCCCAAUACCCCCGUGGUGGCACGACACCGCGUUAUGCCUCCGCCCAUCCAGCCAGCACAACUUCUCGACCGCCUUUCGGGAAAGUCGGAGACGAUUGAAUUUGACGAAUGUCCGGAGUUUCUGAAGCCCGUGGACAGCGCACCACCACCCACUGUGCCCACAAGGAGCGGGGCCCGAGCUGUGGACAGCCUCAAGACUAAACUCUUUCCCUCUAGCGUAGCCCCGUACCUCACCUACACCAAGGUGCCGUGGAGGCUGCGGAUACGGAAAGAGGUGUUCACACCGGGAGAGAUGUUGGACAACGCGAACCUGCUGCACCUCGUGUUCAGUCAAAUCAUGCAAGACGUGUACGCUGACGCUUGCGUUCGUCUGACGCCGGACGAAAACAAGACUCUCCGAGCUCUCUUGGUGAGUCUGUCCGUGACUCCCAGCAACGCUCAGGGCCCGAGCGUGACGUUGCAGACCAAGCGUCAGGUCGUAGAAGCGGCCCGCGCGCUGCCCUUGUAUUUCAGCCGGAUCUUCCCGGCUUCCGGAGGCAGGCAGUUGCCGGACGUCCAAAUGUUGGCUGUUUCCCACACGGGAGUGCGGCUUGUCAAGCGGCAACGUGAUGCCAAUGGGGACUCGCUAUGCGUGCUGGACACUUUAGGGUUUGAAGACAUCGCAGAUGUGACUGUUCCGCGGCCUUCGACUGUGAAUAUUCUUCUGCGAAACGGCGGCUGGAUGACGAUAUACUCCCCAAAAGCCACGCAGAUCAAGUCAAUGAUACACAAGUUUGUCGUGGAAUGCACACAGGACGCGCCGGAGUACCUCCGUGCUGUGGCCGAUUACGUGACAACAGAGUCGACGCUGCUCAGCUUCCGUAAAGGCGAGAUCGUACGCCUCGUCAAACACCGUUCGCUCAAUCUACCAAAAGGAUGGCUGUACGGCGUUACAGAGAGCGGAGAGUCCGGCCUCUUUCCCUGCGAAUACGUGGUUCCACUCGGCAGGCAAAGCCAAGAUGGCGCUCACCACACACCUACCCAUCAGAAUGAGAGCCGGGUGUCGCAGAGGCCUUCUGGACAGCACGUCGAGAGACUCGUGGAUGGUGCGGUGUCUUCGCCGAUCCUCGCGUCGUCGGCGUGGAUUGAAAGCAAGGACGACCAUGGUGACGAAGAGGAAGAGGUGGGAGAGGAGGCGGACAGGAGGGCGACCGAAUUGGCAGACGGAAAGCACAGCAUGUUGCAAUUCGCUAUGUUCAACUUCAGAGAGAGUCUGGACAGGUACGAGUUGCUGCGCCAGAGGGAUGGUUCCAUCCGAGGUUCCGUCAAGAUGAUCGAACACUUGAAGGCAACCCGAGGAGGAAAAGGGCGAAAAGCCAAGGACUCCGACUGGACCUGGAAGGAACUCGUCGAGAUGAUCAAAUUCUCUAAGUCUCCUAUUCAAUCUGCUCUGCUCAACUUGGAGUCUCCCGAAUUAAAUAAAAUGGCCACUGAAAGCUUCCUAGCUGUCAUGCGCUAUAUGGGCGACUACCCCUUGGCCAAAAAUCAGUCAGAAGUGGACUGUGUAUAUUCUAUCCUUGUGAGUUGCCAUAAACAUCCAGCACUACGAGACGAAGUCUACUGUCAGAUUAUCAAACAGACGACAAAUAACAAAAGCUCAAAACCUGACAGUUGCCAACGUGGAUGGCGGUUGUUCUCAAUCAUCGCUGCAUAUUUUGACUGCUCGGAGAACCUGAAGCCGUAUCUCUUCAAGUUCCUGGAAACAGCAGCUUAUGACAAAAGACGAGCUUACCACGGUACUGCCAUGGUGUGCUUGCAGAACCUGAGGAAGACGUUUAAGUACGGUGGAAGAAAGAAUGUUCCUAGCAUAGAAGAGAUUGCUGCCAUCUCGGCGGGCAGGAAUUCGAAACGGCAGAUCUACAGGCUACCAGGAGGAACGGAGCGAGUCAUCAACACAAAGUCAACAACCGUCGUCGAAGACAUCAUCGACGAAAUCUGCACGAUACUGGGCGUGCGAAGUGCCAUAGAAGCAGAGGAAUUUUCUUUAUAUUGCAUCGUUGAAGGAGAUCCUUUCACCAUGCCUUUAAGUCGAGAGGAGUACAUACUUGACGUGACGACGGAAUUGAUCAAGAACGGACACGUGUUCUACCUCAUCUUCUGCCGCUCCGUUUGGUUCUUCCCGCUGCGGCUGGACAAUGCGCUUUACGUCGAAGUCAUCUUCAACCAAGUGGCUCCUGAUUACUUGGAAGGUCUGCUACUGGUUGCCCCAAGAGGGCGUCCAAUACCUGACAAUGUAGUGAACGACAUGGCGCGCAUUGCAGCCCUGUUACAUCGUGCCGCCGACAUGCAGCAUGUUCCGUCCAAGGACGAAGUAAAGUACCUGUUGCCAAAGCCCGUCUUGGCCAUGAAGGACAUUCGACCGCCUCAGUGGGUCGACAUGGUGCAAUACAGUUGGCCUGACAUGAUGGCCCUCACAAACACGGAAGCCAAAGCCCAGUGCCUCGACAUCCUACAAAGGUGGCCAUUGUUCGGAUCCUGCUUCUUCGCAGUAAAGUGGAUCCGCACCGAGAAUAAUCAAGCCGAGCACAUCCUGGCAUUAAAUCGCGAAGGAAUUCACUUCUUAGAUGUCGCUUCACACGAGUCCGUGUGGAUGUACCCAUUCUCCGAGGUGAUCUCUACGCGCAAAGUUCGUGCGGAGGAUGGAACGCUGUUCCUGGACAUGAAAUGUGGCAACCUUAUGGUACAAAAGAUAACCCGUAUUCAGACUGACCAGGCUCACGAAGUCUCCCGGCUUGUCCGCCAGUACAUCAACAUCCAACAGAAUCAACAGGGGACGCAACAGGGAGACGCACCUCGAGACGUCACGCUGUCCCGUAACUUGAAGUGAACUCCAACUCUAGCUAUGACAGUCUGGCUCAUGGCCCAGAACUACCUACGUCGGAACGCUUAAAAGCACGUGGCAAAGGGGACAAACGUGACGUCACUUCCGUCGGCGUCCACGUGACAACGGAGAUUAUUUAGGUGCGACCCUUGCUCGCGACGUUCUGCAAAGUAGGAGUACGAUAUGGACGCAUAACGAGGGGUACUAUGUGUUUGCAUAGACUAAUGUUUUGAGCUUGCUCGUCUUAGGCAAAUAUUUUUAUAAGGGAUAUGUAUAUUUUGUGUAUAACCCUCUUGACCAACACCCUCCGACUGGAGUAUGGACUAGGCCUCGUACGGGGCCUCGAUGACUACAAAAUAAAAAGAUUUUUUAAUACGAAAA